GACAGGGCCCUGGGAGGCAAGGCCAAAGAGUAGAUCCCCCUCUCCCCAACCCAGAACAGUCAGUCCUGAUCAGCACCCCCUCGAUGGCAGGAAGGGUAAGGCAUAGUGGGAGUCGCUAUAGAGGGCUUCCAGAGGAAGUACCAGCAGGGCCCUCUAACUCAACAGUAAGCCACCCAGUUCUCUGAUACCGGUUAGGAUCCUAGGGUUAUAGGCAACUCUCGAGCCUGGUGGGUUUAAAUGAUGGCCGCUCAUUCCCACACAAUGUUGGAAACCUGAAGCCUGGUUAGCCUAAUUCUGAUUGGGACAGAAUUAGUUCCUUCUUGGGGCUCCAGGGGAGAAGUUGUUCUACACCCUUCUUCUGGCUUCUGGCUCCUGGCGAUGGCUGGCGACCUGGCCUUCCUUGGCUCUGCCCACAGGAGAUCAUGCUCCCUGAGUGUCGGUGUCCCAAGUUUCCCAGUCAUCGAUCUAAGGCAUGCCCUGACGUAGUAAAACUUAUCUAGACAUGAUUGCAUCUGCCAAGAUCAAACAAGUCAGGAAAGGUGUAGUCAGUGCCAGGGCUUAGGGAUGUACCUCACAGGGAACAGGUACUGCACACCCGUACGGUGAAGAGCACAGGCUCGAGAGGGACAGAUAGGGCUCAGCCCCUGGUACAGUCCCUCGGCCUGCUUCUCCACCACCGUGUAGCAGGAGAGACAAUGCAGAAGAUCCAAAAGGCUGAGCCAAGUGCCUUGAUCUCUCCAAGCCUCCUGUUGGGGGAGGACCUGGAAUGCCUGUACCAGCAACUGCGGGACACCAGUCUACAGGACAGGGAGCCACUUGGCUCUCCCAGCCUCUCCUUCUGCACAUAUGAGCAGCCCACAGCCUUUGAGGAGCUGGCUCAGCAGGCUGCAGUCGGCCCAGGCCCGGAAGCUGGCUGGAGCGGCCAAGGGGGUCUGUUCUUCGAGGACUCAGCGCCACCCAGUGGCUUCUUCCCGUACUACCGUUCCCAGGAAGAGCACUUGCCCAGUGCCACCGUGCCUCAAGGCUGCUGCUGGUGUCUGGCCUCUAGAGACCUCUUUCCAGGAAGUGAGACACAAGACGGCUGCCACAAAGUGACAGCCAGAGAUGGAUGCCUUUCCCCCUUGGCAGGGCCAGACCUCAUCUCUGGGUUUUCACCCUCACCAGCCUGCUGCUGCUGCUUGGAAGGUCUCGCGUGUGAUGACAGCCAGGAUGCCGCUCUCGCUAGGCACCCUGUUCUUGGUGCCUCGGGAUUCGUGCCAUACUACAGAAGCCCCGAAGAGAGGCUAGACACCAGUCCCGUGCUUCCCUCCUCGGUGCUGGGGAGCUCACGAGAGUGACCCCAACCUGGUGGUGCGCAGGAGUGAAGGCAGCAGGGACUUCGUGCUCCAAAACCUCCUGGUCAGUGAAGGAUAAAGGGAACAGGAACGGAGGCCCCUACAGCUCGUGCCACCUGCCCUGGGACCACAGCUGGCCUAAUCAGAUCUCCCAGCCUGUGCCCACUUGUGUCCAUCAACUGAGGGGAAAGUCGGAGGAGAGUCAGGCAGUCCUUGGCCCUCGCAACUUGGUACAGAAGAAGGUACAGGAGCUUCAGGAUCCUGCGCUGGCAUUUUGGGAGAUGUUUCUCCUCCUGGAAACCUCUCCACUCUGGCUACGUGAACGCGGUCCCUUUCCACCGGGAAGCUCCGAGUGCUGUGCUGCAGCGCCCCCUCCUGGCACAUCUUGUCAACACACAGCUGGUGUCCCCGUGGUCUACAAUUUUAUUCCUCAGACACUGCCUAAGAAGGCACCAUACCUACCUUAUAAAGACCGAAACCACCAGCUGCAGCAGCCUCAACCCUGCCGCGGCGACCAGGCAGCCUAGUCCUCAAAUGGUCAACCCACCUUCAGCCCACAGCCACACUCUGCUGUGCAGCUCCGAAGUCGCACCAGGCGGACGAGAGGCUGAUCCUCUGAGCAUUCUCUGGGCAGACCCCAGAGAACUGUCUAUGAGGAAGGAACCUUUCCCGAUGACAAGCUCACAAAGCAACCCCGAAAUCACUGUGACCUUUUUCUCCCUCCAGUUACCUCCCAUAGUCUGCGCAGGAACAACAAAGGCCCAAAGCUGUUGUGGGGCCUGUUACAGCCA